AUGGCGUGCAGCGAGGCGGCGGUGCAGGCCCUCAGCGGCGGAUUCGUCCUGGCGGGCGUGGCGUACCUCCUGGCGCAGACGCGGCAGUCCAGCCCCUACGGGCGCUACGUGGACCCCCCCCGAGCGGUCCGCACCGUGCCCGCCCGGGCGGCCUGGUUCCUCCAGGAGCUCCCCUCUUUCCUGGUCCCCGUGGGCCUGAUGUGGAGCUCGCGCGGACCCUCCUCCGGGCUGGGACCCCGGCUGCUCGCUGGGACCUUCUGCCUCCAUUACUUCCAGAGGACAUUCAUCUAUUCCUUGCUGACCAAAGGUCGUCCGUACCCUCUGCGCAUAGUGCUUUACGCAGCCAUAUUCUGCUCCAUGAACGGCUUCUUCCAGGGCUACUACAUGCUAUACUGCGCCCGGUACGACGAGGCCUGGGCGUCCGACAUCCGCCUGGUUAUCGGAUUGAUUCUGUUCUUCCUGGGAAUGGCCAUCAACGUCCACAGCGAUUAUGUGCUGCGCAGUUUGAGAGAACCUGGUGAAGUCACUUACAAGAUUCCCAAAGGGGGCUUGUUUGAGUACGUCUCGGGUGCCAACUUCUUUGGGGAGAUAGUGGAAUGGUCCGGCUACGCCAUAGCAACCUGGUCGCUGCCAGGCCUCUCCUUCGCCCUCUUCACCGUGUGCUCCAUUGGACCGCGUGCCUACCAUCAUCACAGGUUUUACCUGGAAAAGUUUGAGGAUUACCCCAGGUCCAGGAAGGCUUUGGUGCCGUUCAUCUUCUGAGAAGAAAGCCAAACAAUCAAAGAAACCCACCACAAAGCACCAUUACAAAAAGAGGACUUGCAAUGGAAUACCUGUAGCUUGACUGUUUGCUGUUGCCAUUGCUGCUGUGCAAUGCUAGGAAAUGCUCCAACAUCUAGUAUAAGGUUGUUAUAGCAGAAAAGGGUGGAUCAACUCCGUAUUAAUGCCAAUUAAUUUUGAAUUUUGAAUCUGGUGUCCACAUACUUUUGGCCAUGGAGUGUAUAUUUUAUGCAUUUUCAUCUAUCACAUGCUAUUUUAUUUUUAAAUUUACAUGCUUUUUUAUUUAUUAUUUCAUUUUAUUUUAAUUUUUUUCUUUCCUACUAAUGUAAAGCACAUUGAGCUGCAUCUCUGUAUGAAACGUGCUAGAAAAAAUAAAGUUUUAUUAUUAUUAUUAUUA